AUGACAAAAAGGACACGCUCCCACCUGGGUCUUCCCCAGAACCCGGAUAACCCUCAGACAGACCAGGAUAACCCGAACCAGGAUCAUGCCUCAGGACCCCUUUUCACCCAUGUGAACCCGGAGGAGAACCAAACCAUCAACCCCAAUGAUGCCCGGGUCACGAUCGAAGCAAACCAGUACAAGUACACCGAUGUCCCGGUCACCACCCUCCACCUAUCCCAACUCACCAAUGUAGAGCUGGCCGAAGCCAUCCGGCAGUACCAUGAUCGCCGGGAAAGCAACCGUAGACUUGAGGACAUCGGUGAAUCCGAGGACUCCGGGAACAGCCGUCAAUCCCGGGGUUCCGUCUUCGACCGGAUCGGAGACAAAGCCAAGAAAAAGAAACAGAAAGAUAAUGAGGAAACCCGGCUAAGAAUCUUAGCUGAAAGAAAAGAACAGAUCCGAAAAGAGGAAGAGGAAAAACUUGAACAAAAAAUUGCCAUCCGGAUGCAGCUCGAAGAAGAGAAAUUGAUAAAGGGAUCCCGGUCCAAGCGAUACCGGAAGGAAGCAACACCCGAACUCAUCUCUGAUGACGAGGAUGAGAGACCGGGGCAAACCAACCUCAGAGACAUGAUCAAUGAGCUCAAUCGGAAAAUCGGAAAUGAUUCCGGGCUUGAAAUUGGGGGAACCCUGACUCCCUUCAGCCACUCCUUGGAAUCCAUACCCCGACAAAAGGGUAUGAAGCACUACAACUUUGAGUCUUUCAAUGGACUGGGAGACCCGGAAGAACAUCUACACUAUUUUGAACAGAUAGCCCUGAUCUACUACUACAAUGACCUGACCAAAUGCCGCUUCUUCGCAUCCACAUUCAAGGGAGGGGCCCAAAGAUGGUUCAGCCGGAUCCCCUCCCGGAGCAUCGGGUCCUGGAAAGACUUCAGGGAAGCCUUCCUCAGAAGGUUCCGAGCAAACAGGACACAUGAACUCCAUAUGUGUCACCUGGAAACGGUUCGCCAGUAUGACAAUGAGGCACUCUCAGAUUACAUGAAACGUUUCCAGGAAGCAAUCAACAAAAUCUCCAACCUGGACGAGCGUGAGGCUCUGAGCAUAUUCUGA